CAGCUGACACUUCAAUUUGUGCUGAAUCGAUUUUUUAAAAUUAAUAUCCAUCGUCUCUUAUUCUCUUAGGUAUACUUUGUGUAAAGGUGUAAUUUUGUGUGUUAAACAAAAAAAUAGUUUCAGUGCUAACAUUUGAAUUGCCAAAUACCAUCAUGGCUCAAGAGACCGUGAAAAAUAUAAGCCUGAGCAUUCCUUUUAGGACGCCGAAUGAAGCAAUUAUUGCGUAUGAGAUUAUUAAGGUUGACAAGGAUCUGAAGGGGAAUAAAGUUAAGAGAUAUGUGACAUUAAACAAUACGGAGCUCGCAAUAAACUUCGAGGGGACCGAUACAAAGAAGUUACGUGUUGCUGUUAAUUCUACAUUCAAAAAUUUGUUACUCAUCAUCAAGACACUGAGCGAAUUUGGAAUUGGUUAA